UCCGUUCUCAAACACAGGGGGCAGUAAACGCUCAAUAUCACUAACAAAGCAAAGAAGACGAAGAAGAAAUCACACCGACGUAAGCGGCUGCUAAACCAGCGUAGAAGAAGUCGACUGUCGCUAAUAACUACGGAGCGGUGCCGAACUUGUUUGCUGAGUAAAGUCGCAGCGAUGGCCACCAGCCCGAUGCUCCAAGAAUGCAUCAAAACAGCCGACGACCUGCUGAAGCGAGUGGAUCUACUGUGCAGCCACCAGAACCAGGAAGUGGAGGGUCGUGCCAAGCUGUGCAGCAAACUCCGGGCCGAGCUCAAGUUCCUGCAGAAAGUGAAAGCCGGACAAGUUGCCAUCAAAGAGUCUCACCUGCAGAGCACCAACCUGACGCACCUGAAAGCCGUCGUGGAGUCGGCCGAGAGCCUCGAGAAGGUAAUCAGCGUUUUGCACGUGUUCGCGUACGAGGGUCCGGACGGACGGAAGCAGACGUUGGUGGUGGACGUGGUGGCAAACGGAGGGCACACGUGGGUGAAGGCGAUCGGGCGCAAAGCGGAGGCGUUACAUAACAUAUGGCAGGGCCGAGGGCAGUACGGCGACAAAAGCGUGAUCCGGCAGGCGGAAGAUUACCUGGAGGCCAGUCGCCAGCAGCCCAUUCAGUACAGCAACCCACACAUCAUCUUCGCCUUCUAUAACGGCGUCUCCAGUCCGAUGGCCGACACGCUCAAGUUGAUGGGAAUCUCCGUUAAAGGUGACAUCGUCGCCGUGAACUCGGUGGUCGGGUCAGACGAGGACGAGGACGACGAGGAGGAAGAGGACGAAGAUUUCGCACAGGACGAGCAGGACCUCGAGGACAACGUCGAACAGGAUGACGACGGCGAAGCGCACCUUAUGCACACCCGUGUGGACCGAGACACUGUCGUAGCGAGCCUGGCGUUCCCCACUGACGUCAAGGUAGCCGAGUGCGCACGCGUAAACCUCGACAUCACCACGCUCAUCACGUACGUGUCGUCUCUGAGUCACGGGAAUUGCCACUUCACCUUCAGGGAGUACGUGCUGACCGAGCAGGCCGCUCAGGAGCGCCAGGACAAGGUGCUACCCAAGCUCGACGCCUUCAUGGAAGGGAAGGAGCUUUUUGCGUGCCACUCGGCCGUGCAGGACUUCCGCACCAUCCUCGACACGCUGGGCGGCCCUGGCGAACGCGAACGAGCCGAGAAGCUCCUCGCCAGGCUCACCGUAGUUCCCGAUCAGCCUUCUGAACGCACGCAGCGCCUCGUAGCCAGCUCCAAGGUCAACCAUAGGUCGCUUAUGAUCUUCGGUACAGGCGAUACCCUCCGUGCUGUUACUAUGACCGCUAACAGUGGGUUUGUUCGUGCUGCUGCUAACCAAGGUGUGCGCUAUAGCGUGUUCAUCCAUCAACCUCGAGCGCUGACGGAAGGCAAAGAAUGGAGAGCCACGCCCAUAUGAUGGACCCAAAAGUACAGAGAGACAUCCUAACACGAACUCAAACGACCGUACGCGUCAGAAGAUACAAUAGCACUUUAAAUGAUGCCCGAUAUACUCAAAACACUCGCAAGAGGCGUUUUUUAUUUUCAUGUUGGGCUGCUAAUACAGAAAGCAUCAACAGUACAGUAUGCUGCAUUUCAAUUUUUUUUUUUAUUAUUAUUUUUUUUUAUCUCUUACAGCAUGAUUUUUUUUUUCUGAACUCAGUGCCUCGAUCUCAGCCUGCAAAGACUGCAGACGAACCAAAUGACACGGCUGUGGUGUGAAUAUAUAACGUUUGUAUCCUGUCUGAGAAAAAAAAUAACGAGACGUUAUGUUCGAAUAUUUGUUUUGCAAUCUGUAUGCUUGGAUAUGCAUCAUCAAAGUCACGAUGCGUAUUGUUUUGUUCCGCACAAAGUUCAAAUAAACACCCAUAAAGAUG